AUGGGCCACAACUCGGACAAGAUGUACGUGACCCACUCGGAGCACGCCGCGGGCGCACACACCGCGUCCAGUGGCGGCAAGCGCGCCGAGACGGGCAGGUCGGAGGUCAUGCGUCUUCCCUUUGACAGCUGUGCAUUGUCACUUCAGCCGUUCAAGAACCCCGUCGCUGUUAUUGCCGACACGGAGCCUGGAGAGCAGCUGCGCGCCGACGUGUUUGACUUGCUGAACAUUGUGCCGUACAUCCGCAAGUUCAAGACGAACCCCGUGUCUGGAAAGCCUCUGGAGACGGGCUCGCUGAUCAAGCUGAAUUUCUUCAAGAACGCCGAGGGCAACUACCACGACCCCAUCACCUUCAAGGUGUUCUCGCCGCACGUGCACCUUGUCUUCCUGAAGAGCACGGGCAACGUGUUCGACAUGGCCUCGAUCCAGCUCCUUGCCAUCAAGUCCAAGACGUGGCGCGACCUCGUCAGCGACGAGCCCUUCAAGAGGGAAGACAUCAUCACGAUCCAGGACCCGGCCAACCUCCAGUCGCGCGACUUGCGAGAGUACGACUAUGUCAAGCAGGACAAGAAGGUCGCAGAGGACGAGCUCGCCGGCGACCCUCUCAAGGGCAUCAACGUGGAUGCCGCAGGUGGAGCCAGCAAGGUGCUCAAGAUGCUGGCAGAGAAGACUCGGUCAGAGCAAGCUCAGCAAGCGUCACCUUCAGGUACACCAGGUCCUGAUGGCAAGGAGGACGAGAAGAAGGAGGGUGUGAUCGCGAAGAGGAAGGUUGACCAGAUGGCUUACAAUGCCACCAACUUCACCACCGGCCGUGCGGCUGCGUCAUUGACAAGUACGACUUUUGGCCCGCAGGUCGUCAACGAGCGUGAACUGUUGGACGAGGAGGAGUUGAUGUUCGAGGAGCUCAUGAAGGCGACAAAGGAGAAGGACAGGUUGAAGUCCAAGGCGUACGCGACCAUCAUGACCAAUCUCGGCGGCCUGAAUGUCGAGCUUCACGGCGACCGUGCCCCCAAGACGGUGUACAACUUUAUCCAGCUGGCCAAGGAGGGCAAGUACGACAACACCGUCUUCCACCGCUUGAUACCUGGAUUCAUGGUUCAAGGAGGUGACCCGACUGGCACCGGUCGUGGAGGCAAGAGUUUCUGGGGCGAGCCGUUCAGGGACGAGUAUGCCGAGAAGGGAGCGUUCAAACAUGACAGCCGUGGUGUGCUCUCCAUGGCCAACAGCGGGCCCAACACCAACUCGUCCCAGUUCUUUAUUACCUUCAACGAGACAUCCCAUCUCAACAACAAGCACACCGUAUUCGGGAAGCUUGUUGGCGGUGACGACACGUUGAAGCGCAUCGAGCGUACUACCGUGCGACCAGGAUCGGACCGGCCGACCAAGGACAUUGUCAUCACUGGUGUUCAAGUGUUGCAAGAUCCUUUCGAAGAGUACAAGGUCCGCCUCGCAGCACGCCUUGCUCGCCAGGACCAGUCGGACGAGGCUCUCCGCAAGCGUGCCGCCAAGGCGGCCGAGCGCGAAAAGGACCGCACGACAUGGCUCGGCACCGACCUGGGCGUCAAGGGCGAGUCUACAGCGACGCGCGACGACCGCAAACGCAAGGCCGACGACGCUGGAGUGGGCAAGUACCUCAAGGCUGGCGGCUCGGGAACCAAGCGCGAUGGCCCCGCGGCUGCGCCAGUCGAGUUUGGCGUGGACAAGAAGAAGCGCAAGCCAGGAGGGUUUGGCGAUUUUUCUGGAUGGUGA